AUGGCGGCUGCGGCGGCGGCUCCCCCAUCCCCUCCUCCCUCCGCCGCCCCGCUCUGCCCCGGCUCGUGGCCCAACUUCGCCGUCGUCUGCUCCUUCCUGGAGAGGUACGGCGCCCUCCUCGACCUGCCCGAGCUGCCCUUCCCGGAGCUGGAGCGCGUCCUGCAGCCGCCGCAGGAGCCCGGCGAGCAGGUUCCCAGAGAACUGGUAGAACUUCAUCUGAAACUGAUGCGAAAGAUCGGGAAGUCUGUGACAGCAGACCGAUGGGAAAAAUACUUGAUCAAGAUGUGUCAAGAAUUCAACAGCACCUGGGCAUGGGAGAUGGAGAAGAAAGGAUACCUCGACAUGAGCAUUGAAUGCAAGCUGGGAAUUUUAAAGUACCUUUGCGAGUGCCAGUUUGACGACAAUCUGAAAUUUAAGAACGUCAUCAACGAGGAAGAUGCGGAUGCAAUGCGCCUUCAGCCCCUGGGCAGAGACAAGGACGGCUUGACUUACUGGUACCAGCUGGAUCAAGAGCAUAAUGUUAGGAUGUAUGUGGAAGAGCAGGACGAUCAAGACGGGUCUUCGUGGAAGUGCAUUGUCAGAAGUCGAAAUGAACUGGCCGAAACUCUUGAGCUCCUGAAAGCACAAAUUGAUCCUGCACUGCUGAAAAACCAGCAACAGGAUAGCUCUUCACGAGAGAGCCCUAGCAUCGAAGGCGAAGAGGCCAAAAAGGAGGAAGAAACAUCAGCCCAAGAAAGCAAAGAAACGAAGGAGAUAAAAGAAGCACUGCCAAAGCAGUCAGAGCAAAUUCUGCCUCCUGCAGUUUCUGAAGGGGAGAAUACAAUAAAAUUAGAGAAGGUGGAGGAGAAAGAGAUCAUAAAGCUGCCCGUUAUAGUGAAGCUUGAGAAGCCCGUGGAGAACAAUGGAGAAACGCAGAUUACCAAAGAAGAAAGUGACUCCUUUAAAGAAAACGUGAAGCCUGUUAAAGCAGAGGUGAAGGAGAGUAAGCUUGAGCCAAAAGACUUGAAAGACGUGAAUAGCAAUGCGGAGAAACCCGCUCACGAGCCUGAGAGACUCGGGUUCUGUGUCAAUGUCAAAACUCCCCAGGAGGUUGUAGAGAGAACUGCGGAAGAAAGUGAGAAACUGAAAAAUGACCAGCAGGCAAAGAUCCCACUCAAAAAACGGGAGAUUAAGCUGACCGACGAUUACGACAGUCCGCUAAAAGGUCCCUUGCGGAAAUGUAUCACGCCAACCAAGGAUGUUUUAAAGGAGGAAGGGAAGCAAGAAGAAGAGACUUUUAAGAGAGUUCCUACGAUUACCGAUGGGAAAUUCCUCGUGAACGGGGAGGUUAGUAGUGAGAAAAUCAUGCCAAAUAACAGGUUAGAUCAUUCUCCCAGCACCAAGGAAGACACUGUUAGCUUGGCAAAGGAGAAGAAUGGUGUGACUGGGGAGAAAGUCCUAGAAACGGUUAGCACAAUAGUAAGAACGAGUGACGUGGAGAGAAGUAUAUUGCAUAAAGGGAAGGAGGUAGAUGGGAGGAUACCUGAAGUUUCUCAGAAAGUGCCUUCAAAGGAGGAAACUGGUCCUCUGGGGAAGGCAGCCUUGCUUGACAGCAAGACACCAGAGUCUGUCUCAGAAGCACCUUCAAAUGCUGAUGGGUCUCUCAAGAAAACGGAAGAAUCCGUCAAAGCAAAAGAUGGAGCGUCACCUCCAGAGGAACAUCGUGAUAAAUCCAUAAAGACAUCUUCCCCAAAGGAGCUGGUUAGCCCAUCAGGUGAGGAGGGUUUAAAAACUAAAGAUCAACCGGGGGAGAAGCCCAACUUAACAAGAGCAGAUGCGACUCCACCGCCCGCUCCAGCCCUUACUGAAAAAGGGGGCUCUGAUCCUCAAAGCGCUCUUCCUGACACAAAAGGAGGACAGAAGGAGCAGAAGGAGGCCGAGGCUGCUGGCAGAGCGGCGGCGAAAUUAGACAACGCCCAAAGUUCUGUCGAGGAACCUUCAGAGACUAAAAAAGAGCCUGUGAAGAGCAAGUGUAAAUAUAAGCUGGUUUCUGAAGAAGAAAGCUCCCUGACGGACAACAGGGAAAUAACCUCCGAGAGGCAGAAAGAUGGGAUCAAGCUAACCAUCAGAAUCUCCAGUCGGAAGAAGACUGACCCCCCUCCCUCAAAGACUCCGAACGUCGAGGGCGAAAAGGAGGAGGAGGUCAGCAUUGGCCGCAUUUUGAGGAGGUCUCCCCGGAUAUCAAAGCCCACUCCCAAGAUAGUGGAGACCCGAGAUCAGAAGCCUGAAAAAAAACGGAGCGAGGAAGAAGAAGAGAAACCAGCCCCGGUGCAAAAGCAGGACAAGAAAGAGAGCUCGAAAAAGCAAGAGAAGGCGUUGAAUUCUAAGACUAGCAAGGCUGUGCAACGAAGUAAAGUUCGGUGGGCCGGUACUAGAACUCGGGGCAGGUGGAAAUACUCAAGCGGUGAUGAAAGUGAGGAGUCGGAGAGUGAAGAAAACUCUGAGGAGGAGGAGAGGGAGGGGGAGGAGGAGGAGGAAGAGGAAGAGCCGGCGCCAGCUGAGGACGAUGAGCCAUGUAAGAAGUGUGGCCUCCCCAAUCACCCGGAGCUGAUUCUCUUGUGCGACUCUUGUGACAGCGGCUACCACACUGCAUGUCUCCGACCACCACUGAUGAUAAUUCCUGACGGAGAGUGGUUCUGCCCUCCUUGUCAACAUAAAUUACUCUGCGAAAAGCUAGAAGAACAACUGCAGGACCUGGAUGUUGUCUUGAAAAAGAAAGAACGUGCAGAGCGAAGGAAAGAACGCCUUGUGUAUGUGGGGAUUAGUAUCGAAAACAUCAUUCCACCACAAGAGCCAGAAAUACCCGAAGGCCUGGACGAAAAGAAGAAAGAUUCCAAAAAAACAAAGGCAAAGUUGCUUGAAAGGAGGUCUACUCGGCAGAGGAAGUGCAUAAGCUAUAGGUUUGAUGAAUUUGAUGAAGCGAUUGAUGAAGCGAUCGAGGAUGACAUCAAGGAGGCUGACGGAGGAGGCGGUGGCCGAGGUAAAGACAUGUCCAACAUCACGGGGCAUCGUGGCAAGGACAUUUCCACCAUCUUGGAGGAAGAAAGAAAGGAAAGCAAGCGACCUCCGAGGGCUGCUGCCGCUCGCCGCAAGAAACGACGGCGACUGAACGACCUAGACAGCGACAGCAACCUGGAUGAGGAAGAGAGCGAGGAUGAGUUCAGGAUCAGCGAGGGAUCUCAGGACGAGUUCGUCGUGUCGGACGACAACCUCGACGAAAGCGAAGAGGAUCAGCCCUCCAACGACGAAAGCGACGCAGACUUUUGCAGGCCCAGGCCCAGGCGGCACUACUCCAGGCCCAUGAGGCAAAGCCGGCGGCUGCGGAGGAAAACGGUCAAGAAAAGAUAUUCCGAAGACGACGAAGAGGAGGACUCUGAGGAUAAUGUAAGCGGGGACUCUGCAGAGAGUGAGGCUUCUUCAGAAUACAGCGAUGAAGAUUACCUGGAAACCAGACGGAGAAGAUCUCGGCGGAAUCAGAAGAGACAAGUCAACUAUAAGGAGGAUUCUGAAAGCGACGGCUCUCAGAAAAGCUUCCGCUACGGAAAGGAGCUGAGAAGAGUUCACAAGCGCAGACUUUCCAGUUCGGAUAGUGAAGAGAGCUACCUGGCAAAGAACUCCGAAGAUGACCAGCCAGCCAAGGCGUCCAAGAGGUCAGUCCAGAAGCGCAGCCACAGUACGGACGAGUACUCCGAAGAAGAGGACGGGCGGCCCAUCCGGAAGCGGCUGAAUCGGAUCGAAACGGAUGACGAAGACAAUGGCGGCGACGUUGAUGCGGGCAAGCUGGCAAUGCCUGGCCAGCCGUUGACACCCCACCCUCCCCCAGACACCACCAAGAAGCCCUGCUACCGGAUAGAAAGCGACGAGGAGGAUGACUUUGAUAACGUUGGGAAAGUCGAAAGCCCGUUGGACUACAGUCUGGUGGAUUUGCCUUCCACCAAUGGGCAGAGCCCUGGGAAAACUAUCGAGAACUUGAUUGGCAAGCCUGGCGAGAAGAAUCCCGCCCCCAAAGACAGCACAGCCCAUGCCAGCUUAGCACCCAAUGGGACAAGUGGGGGCCAGGAGGCGGUAGGGCCGGAGGAGGACGAGGAUGAACUUUUGCGAGUGACUGACCUUGUUGAUUAUGUCUGUAACAGUGAACAGUUAUAAGACUUCCAUUUUUGUGCUAAUUUAUUCCACGGUAGCUCAUACCAGCGGGCCAGUGAUUAAAAGGUGUUUUAUUUUUCCUAGAAAACUCUCCACUACAGUAUCACUUUUUAGCAGUCAGACUUUCACCAGUCCUGCAGUUUCGGCCCCACCCCAGCCACCCAUUUCCCCGUGAAGUGACCGGUCUUUUUGCAACUUUUUUGAAGACAAUUACUGUAAAUUCCCUCCUCUGAUUUGCUUCUUCCCCACUUCUUCAUCCAGAUCCAUGGUCUUGAGCGACUUCAUCCACACCAGAGACCUUGUAGUAAACGAGAGAUUUGUAUAUUUUUUUGACUUUCUAUUUCAUGAGUGCACAGAAAUGUCUGGGAAGAAAAUUAGGGCGGUUGGGAAAAAGCAUUCCAAGUUGGUCAGGG